AUGAGUACUGUUGUUCAGCAGUUAGAACAGGCCGCUAUAUCCGACCCAGGAUAUCAAAACAAUCAUCCAGGGAGAACGUCCCCAACAAGCUCGACGAAUUUGCCGCCCCCCCCUCCAGGUGCCCCACCGGUUAAAUCGGCCUCGACUAUUGCUCAGCCUCCAACAGCGCAUGUUAGCUCGUCAGAAGAGCCCGAGAAGCAACCACAGGAUCAAAAAGCCGAAAACUAUGCGCCCUUGGCUUACAAUCCUGCUGCACCAGCUGCGCCGGAGCCGAUCAAACACCGCGAAAAGACACCUCCGCCGCCAGAUGCUGCAACCGGGACGGGACUGGCAGCUGCAGCAGCUCGAGAGCAAGGCACACAUUUCACGCACCUGCCCGGAUCCCCCGGGUCGGCAAUGUAUACUUCACCACCUCCAACCGCAGGACUGACUCAACCGCAAUCGCCACCUCCCCAUAGCAGCGGGCUUUCGUUUGGGUCGACGAGUGGGUCUGUAACCACCGGGCCACCCGCUUCCGGACCAGCGGCACCGCUGAAUUAUGCACAGCAACCCCCAUCCCAGGAACCCAACAUGGGAAUUUACCGACAGCAGAGUUUUGGGCCACCUCCCGGCGCUGAAACCUAUAGCCAAGCCCAGCAAUUCCAACAACAGCAUGCUGUCGCUUACAGUCAGCCGCAAACGCCCCCCGCCAUGUACGGCCAACAUCAGGCGUACCAGCCUCAAUCUCAGCCCCAUCCUCAACAGCCGCAAGUUCCCAUUGGUGGGUAUUCAGACUAUUCGUAUGGUCAACCUCAGCAAACCAUGGGAAACGCGUACGACAUCCAUAAUCAGGUAUAUAGGCCUACUGAAAACGAGCAUAGGUGCCAUCAACGUCGCGGAUCAGGAAGCCUGACUUCCGGAGACAAGAAGCCAGGCAAAAUCACAGAAAAUGCAAUGCGGGUUGAGAAGGGGGUCAACAGGUUCCUUAAAAAGCUGGAGAAGAAGCUUGCCUUGCAAAAAUUUGUGUAA